CCCUGGUCGGAGGCGAGGCGAGGAGGGGAGUGGCGGGCGCAGCAGCACGAGCGGGCUCCUGCUUCUCCGCCGCGGAGGGAGGCAUUCAGCGGCCGAGGUCGCGUGCAGCGCGAGCGGCUCCAGGAGGACAAGGAACCCAGGCUGAGAGAGAGGAAAGAUAAAAAUGGCAAAAAUGGAGGUGAAGACAUCUCUUCUGGACAAUAUGAUUGGAGUUGGAGAUAUGGUACUACUCGAGCCCCUCUCUGAGGAGUCCUUUAUCAGUAACCUCAAGCAGCGUUUUGAUCACAGUGAGAUAUAUACUUACAUUGGGAGUGUGGUGAUAUCAAUAAAUCCAUAUCGAUCGCUGCCUAUUUAUUCACCAGAUAAAGUGGAAGAAUACAGAAACAGAAACUUCUAUGAACUUCGACCUCACAUUUUUGCCCUCUCAGACGAAGCAUAUCGUUCUUUGAGAGAUCAGGAUAAAGAUCAAUGUAUACUUAUAACUGGAGAGAGUGGAGCUGGAAAAACAGAAGCCAGCAAACUGGUCAUGUCUUAUGUUGCUGCUGUUUGUGGCAAAGGAGCAGAAGUUAAUCAAGUAAAAGAACAACUUCUACAGUCUAAUCCUGUGCUUGAAGCUUUUGGAAAUGCCAAAACUGUAAGGAAUGAUAAUUCCUCAAGAUUUGGAAAAUACAUGGACAUCGAGUUUGAUUUCAAAGGUGACCCACUUGGAGGAGUUAUAAGCAAUUAUCUAUUGGAAAAAUCCCGUGUUGUCAAACAACCAAGAGGUGAAAGAAAUUUUCACAUUUUCUAUCAGAUAUUGUCUGGAGGAUCGGAAGAUCUGCUUGAAAAACUUAAACUUGAAAGAGAUUUCAACCAAUACAACUACCUUAGUCUGGGCUCUGCAAUAGUCAGUGGAGUAGAUGAUGCUGCAAACUUCAGAACCGUUAGGAAUGCCAUGCAGAUCGUGGGAUUCAUGGAGCAUGAAACACAGUCAGUUUUUGAAGUUGUGGCAGCUGUCUUAAAAUUGGGAAACAUUGAAUUCAAGCCUGAAUCUCGUGUGAAUGGAUUAGAUGAAAGCAAAAUCAAAGAUAAAAAUGAACUCAAAGAAAUAUGUGAGUUGACAGGGAUUGACCAGUCAGUAUUGGAAAGAGCCUUCAGCUUCCGUACAGUUGAAGCCAAGCAGGAAAAGGUUUCCACAACUUUAAAUGUGGCCCAGGCUUAUUACGCUCGGGAUGCUUUGGCAAAGAAUCUUUAUAGCAGACUAUUUUCCUGGCUUGUUAGCAGAAUCAAUGAGAGCAUUAAGGCACAGACAAAAGUAAGGAAGAAAGUCAUGGGAGUUUUGGACAUCUACGGCUUUGAAAUAUUUGAGGAGAACAGUUUUGAGCAGUUCAUUAUUAACUACUGCAAUGAAAAGCUACAGCAGAUCUUCAUUGAGCUUACCUUAAAAGAGGAACAAGAAGAAUACAUAAGAGAGGGUAUUGAAUGGACCCAUAUUGAAUACUUCAACAAUGCUAUAAUCUGUGACCUCAUCGAAAAUAAUCAGAAUGGAAUUCUUGCUAUGCUGGAUGAGGAAUGCCUGAGGCCGGGGGUUGUGACUGACGACACUUUCCUAGAGAAGCUGAAUCAGAUCUGUGCUACUCACCAGCACUUUGAGAGCAGGAUGAGCAAAUGUGCACGCUUUUUGAAUGAUACCUCUCUGCCACACAGUUGCUUUAGAAUUCAACAUUAUGCUGGCAAGGUGAUGUACCAGGUAGAAGGAUUUGUUGACAAGAACAAUGACCUGCUUUACCGGGAUCUGUCCCAAGCCAUGUGGAAGGCCAACCACUCCCUCAUUAAAGCAUUAUUCCCAGAAGGAAACCCUGCCAAGAUUAAUUUAAAGAGGCCCCCAACAGCAGGUUCACAAUUCAAGUCUUCCGUGGCAACUUUGAUGAAGAAUUUGCAAACAAAAAACCCCAAUUACAUCAGGUGCAUUAAGCCAAAUGAUAAAAAAGCUGCCCACAUUUUCAACGAAGCUCUAGUUUGUCAUCAGGUUCGUUAUUUGGGCUUGCUAGAAAAUGUCCGUGUUAGAAGGGCAGGAUAUGCAUUCAGGCAACUUUAUGAGCCUUGUCUAGAAAGAUACAAAAUGCUUUGUAAACAGACAUGGCCACACUGGAAAGGUCCUGCCAGAGCUGGUGUAGAAGUUCUAUUUGGGGAAUUAGAAAUCCCUGAAGAAGAAUUUUCCCUGGGUAGAUCAAAAAUCUUCAUCCGCAAUCCAAGAACACUCUUCACAUUGGAAGACCUAAGAAAACAGCGCCUUGAGGACUUGGCUACACUAAUUCAGAAGAUCUACAGAGGCUGGAAGUGCCGCACACAUUUCCUUCUCAUGAAAAAAGGCCAGAUCGUGAUUGCUGCCUGGUACAGAAGAUAUGCUCAACAAAAGAAGUACCAGCAGACCAAAAGUUCAGCAAUCAUAGUACAAUCUUACAUCAGAGGAUGGAAGGCCCGAAAACUUUUGUGUGAACUCAAGCACCAGAAGCGCUGUGAGGAAGCUGUCACAACUAUUGCAGCAUAUUGGCAUGGUGCUCAGGCGCGAGGGGAACUGAGGCGGCUGAAGGAGGAGGCUAGGAAUAAACUUGCUAUUGCUGUUAUUUGGUCUUACUGGCUUGGAUUUAAGGCUCGAAGGGAGUUGAAACGCUUGAAGGAGGAGGCUAGGCGCAAGCAUGCUGUGGCAGUCAUUUGGGCUUACUGGCUUGGACUAAAGGUCCGCAGGGAAUACAGGAAAUUCUUCCGAGCCAACGCGGGAAAGAAAAUUUAUGAAUUCAUACUGCAGAAAUUAAUGCAAAAGUAUUUUUUGGAAAUGAAGAACAAGAUGCCUUCUUUAUCACCAGUAGAUAAAAACUGGCCAGCAAGGCCUUAUCUUUUCUUGGAUUCAACUCACAAAGAACUGAAGAGGAUAUUUCAUCUGUGGAGGUGCAAAAAGUACAGAGACCAGUUUACAGAUCAGAAGAAGCUUAUUUAUGAAGAAAAACUGGAAGCUAGUGAACUUUUCAAGGACAAGAAAGCUUUGUAUCCAGCCAGUGUUGGACAGCCUUUCCAAGGGGCUUACCUUGAAAUCAGCAAGAACCCCAAAUAUAAGAAACUGAAAGAUGCUGUGGAGGAAAAAAUUAUUAUUGCCGAAAUAGUCAAAAAAAUCAACAGAGCAAAUGGAAAGUGCAGUGCUAGGAUAUUCUUGCUCACAAAAAACAACCUUCUUGUUGCUGAUCAGAAGUCAGGGCAGAUCAAGUCAGAGGUGCCUCUGGGGGACGUCAUCAAAGUGUCUAUGAGCUCCCAGAAUGAUGGUUUCUUUGCUGUGCAUCUCAAAGAGGGAUCUGGAGCGGCUGGAAAAGGGGAUUUCCUGUUCAGCAGUGAUCAUCUUAUUGAAAUGGCCACAAAGCUUUAUCGCACUACGCUUAGCCAAACCAAGCAGAAGCUUGACAUCGAAAUUUCUGAUGAGUUCCUCGUGCAAUUCAGGCAAGACAAAGUGUGCGUGAAGUUUGUGCGGGGCAACCAGAAAAAUGGUAAUAUUCCCACUUGCAAGCGGAAAACCAACAGGCUUCUUGAAGUUGCUGUUCCUUAAUUAUACACGCACAUUCUCUCUUAAACGGACACAGUUCUUCAUCAUGGUGCAGUUUUAUCUGAAAUGCAGAGGAUUUGGUAGGGUGUGUUUGACCAAUGGGAACCAGCUUUGGGAAUCCCUUUUGAAAAGACGUAAGUAAUUUGCCGACACUUGGUUUGGUUUUCAUAAGACAACUUUGAGUUGAUAUGCUUUCAGCAGACAACACCUAUAUAUAUUACGAAUGUGCAAUUUUUGUCAUGCCUUUCCUUGUUUAUUCUUUGUUCUGCAAUGCUGCGUAUUGCAAAUCUAUAUGCUUCUAUGCCGUUCUUCAUAUUUGUAUGAUUAGAAUCCACCUCAGGCUACAAAGAUUGCCAGUAAUACAUUGCUUAAUCAUAUUCAUUACACUCUCCCCCCCCCCCCCCCCCCGCCUUCUCAUCCUGUUCGUCUGGCAUAAUUCAGUCCAAAAAGUUAAACAUAAACAGAGACUGAAAAAUCUGGCAAAAUUCUGGGGCUGAAGGUAGUUAAUUGCAAACAGCAUCGUGUAAAUUGAGCUUUAAUUGAACAUAGGGCAGGAAACCCUAAUUCUGCAAAGCAGAAGGAAUGUUUGACUGCAUAUGCGACAGCUGCAUAUGGUAUUAUUAUUAUUGUUAUUGUUAUUAUUAUUAUCAUCUGCAGUGAAAAACACUAAUGUGCUGCAUCAGAUUUUAAUUGACACUUUUAAUGACUCUACAAGAUUAGGAAGCAGAAUGGGCCCACUAAGGAAGCAAUGCAUAUAUUGAGCAGUCGCAACAGCCAUAAAGCCCAAGGCAUGCUUUUGGUUCUGUGUGUGGGUCUUCCACAUAUCUAUCAAAAUAAACAGUUAAACUCCAUAGCAUGAAGUUGUUUGUAUUGGGCAAUAGAGGCCAAGAUCUUUUAAAACUACAGUACUUGUAAAAUGAAGGGAUAGAAUCUUUGUUUUCUGCAAACAGUGGUAUAUGUGCUGUACAAUGUGCAAUAAACCAUUCAUUCAACGUGCAAGAAUUAUUUAUAAUAACUCCUGUGGGUAAUAAAGAUGUUUAGAACAGCCUGCAUACUCUUUGCUUUCAAGACUGAAGUUAGGAUAAUACUAUGUUAAUUUUGAAGGUUUUUUUUUUCUAAACAUACACUACCGCCAUCACUUCAGUUUUUUAAAAAAAUCAUUGGAUAGGUGAUGUACAUAAAUUUGAUAUUAAUGAUAAAUUGUUUUAAUUCUGUUCUGUUUGGUACUCUUGUGAUAACCAUAUUUUUGUAUUUCAACCAGUUUUAUAUAAGUUUUUGUGCCUGAUAUGUAAUGUGUGCACAGAAACACUUUACAAUCAAGAACUAAAUUUCCUGAGUGCAGAUUGCAAUUGAAGCCUUGUAUAAACCAGGAAAAUUAGGCGAAAGCAUUGAUUUAUGGAGUAUCGUUUUCAAGUGUUUAGAUGGAAGUUAGCUUAAGGAGAUUGUGGAAUGUGACUGUUUGACUUUGUUGAUGUAGGGAUGUUUUUCGAUCUUGUGUAUUCUCCGUCUGAUGCAAGAACUUGCCUUCAAGGAAAGGUUACUGCACAAGAUGUGCAGUGCUAAAAAGCCCGAGUAUAAAUAAAGAAAAGCUUUGAAGUGCUGAA